AUGAACGGCGAGCCGAUGUCAAAGAUCUUUACCUUGGUCAAGAAGACGGCGAAAAAGCCUAUUCCCUUUGUCAAGAAGAAGGGCGUUGAGACUAUUACAGUGCCUCUGGAAUGUCUAAAGGCGGCUUCUGGGUUAAUCCCAGUACCGGCCCUUGGACCAGCGACGGAUAUUGUCCUGUCCAUUUUGAAAAAGGUGGAUCAGAGCCAGCAGAAUACGGUGACGGCCCGCGAAAUUGCAAAUCUGUGCUUGAAGGCUCAUGUCACGUUAUCUGAACAUCUGCAAAGCGUAGAAAUCACGCCUACAUUAUUGGAAAGUAUUCAACAAUUUGAAGCGGAUUUGCAUGACGUCGAAAACACUGUCGAAUAUUACGAACAGAAGAUGUCAAUUGAUCAAAUCUUCUAUUCUAAAUCAUACAGCGAUGAAUUGCAACGCCUCGAAAAACGAGUUAACAGUACUUUGUCGCUUUUCCAAAUCAAGAAGUUACUUUCGCUUGAAGAAACCUGCGCAAAGAUUUACGCAUCCAUGCAGCGCAACGAACAGAAUACUGUCGCGAUUUAUGCAUACUUGCAGCGCAUUGAACAGAAUACUGCAGCAAUUUAUACAUACUUGCAGCGCAUCGAACAUAAUACUGUGGUGCUCAUGAAUCGCUCCGAACCUGCUUCGAAGCCUGAAGAACCACUGGUAGAUAUCGUACGGAGAAGUGAUCUCACUCUCUGCGAAGAGAUCAUUCGUCAUCCAGGGUAUAGCCUUCAAAGAGCAGAAAUGCAUGGAAAGAUUGUCACCAUCAGAGUGUUCACAGGCUGUAAAGCGAAAUCGACCUGGGAAGCGUCAAAUAUGUUCGACUUGAAAGUUAUGCAUCCCAACCUACCUCACCUUAUUGGAGCUUCAAGUUCUGAUGAGCGGGUGGCCCUGUUCUCGGUGUAUGAUCUCGAAUGUACAGAUAUCAAGCACGAUAUUUUCAAUGUCAUCCCGUCAUGGUCGGUGAUGGAUUUCGAUAUUCUCGGUCCUUUGCUCGACAAAGUGGAUCACGAUGUAACAAGCGCAUGGAAUCAUUUGUGUGAACAAACUUGUUGGUUCGCUCUGUCUAACGAACAUGCAGACUAUUAUAUUUUUUGUGAUGCCCAUGGCCGAUUCGUCCUUUCAUUCUCUCCGGCAGCGGCCAGCUCCUUAACUGCCUUAGUUUCUCCUGCGAUAUUCGAUUUUGUGAUGGGCGACACCCGCCAUAAUGUUGAGGUUGUUAGAGUAAAUCAUAUCGGUUUUUGUCUAUGCUUGAAUUUGUCCACUGACCAACCACUUAGGCAAUAGGCGCGUACCUGAACACACGACAUGCACCAGAAUCUUAUUGGAUAACACUCAAGUGGUAAUAGUGUGAUGAUUGAACCUGCGGGAGCUUGUUUGGCAAACAACCAGUGCUUAUGACGCGGACGCACGUAGAAUCUCACAGAAAUAUAGC